ACUACAGCAAUGGCUGCUGUUUACUCUGGCAUUUCUCUUAAGCUUAAGAGCAAGACAACUUCCUGGGAGGAUAAAUUAAAACUAGCUCAUUUUGCUUGGAUUUCCCACCAGUGCUUCCUUCCAAAUAAAGAACAAGUACUACUUGAUUGGGCAAGACAGUCAUUGGUUGCAUUUUAUAAGAAAAAACUUGAACUAAAGGAAGGUAUUGUUGAAAGGCUUUGGAUCUACAUAGAUAACAUUUUACAUAGCAGAAAAUUGCAGAAUCUCCUCAAGGAUGGAAAGACAAUUAACCUUCAGAUUUCCCUGGUCAAGAUAAUAAAUGAGAGGAUAGCCGAGUUCUUCCUUCCGGGGUCCCAGAGAAACAUCUGUGCUGUCCUGAGCUGCUGCCAGGGCAUCCUCUCAACGCCAGCCCUUGCCGUCAUCUACACGGCCAAGCAAGAGCUGAUGGUGGCUCUGCUGAGCCAGCUUUGCUGGGUGGCCUGCAGGCAGCCUGAAGGUGCUGUGGUAGCUCAGUUGUUCGAGGUCAUUCACCUGGCCCUAGGCUAUUACCUCUCGCUCCAGCAGCAGCAGGUGAAUCCCCGACGUACCUUUGGCGAUUUGACUGAGCACCUGCUCCAGCCCUGCCUGAUCCUCAGGCACUUGCUCUCUGAGGGCACAUGGACGCAGGCUGGCCAGAAUCAGCUGCGGCAGGUGCUGAGCCGGGACGUUAGGAGUCAGAUUGAGGCUGUGCUCCGAGGUGGAGUUUUUCGGCCCGAGUUGCUCUCAUCCUACCAGCAGGAGCUCUUGGACCAGCAGCAAGGGGAUGCAAAGAUGGGAGCCAUGAAGAACCUUCUAGCUCCCAUGGACACCGUGAUCACCAGGCUGGUCGAUCCUGGCUACUGUGCACCGUCCCUUCACGCAACUGUUGUGGCCAACUCGGUGGCCUUGCUCUACAAACUUUUCCUGGAUGCUUACUACAAGGAGGGGACUCAGCUUCUCUGCUUCCAGGCUCUCCCUAGGCUGUUUGGCUGCUUGAGGAUCUCACAUCUGCAGGAGGAGCAGACGAAAGCUCUGUCCCUAUCAGAUUGGACCUCAGAACUUUUGGUUGUAGAACAGCUGCUGAGCUCAGUGGCCAACAGCAACAUCUACAACAUUGCAGCUGACAGGAUUCGGCAUGGAGAGGUUCAGUUUCGCUUUUACCGCCGCCUGGCUGAGCUGCUGAUCAACCACUCGCAAGCACACGUACCGGCCUGGUUUCGCUGCCUCAAGACUUUGAUGUCUCUGAAUCAUUUGAUUUUGGAGCCAGACUUAGAUGACCUGCUGGCUUCAGCUUGGAUUGAUGCAGAAGUAACAGAGUUUCGAACCAAGAAAGCCCAGGAGGCACUUAUUCACACUCUCUUCCAGACGUAUGCCAAACUUCGACAGGUACCACGGUUGUUUGAGGAGGUGUUGGGGGUGAUCUGCCGUCCGGCUGCUGAGGCGCUGAGGCAGCCUGUCCUGACCGCGGGCCCCUCUGCCGUGCUUUGUGCGUGCCUCCCAGAGCUGCCUCUGAGUCAGGUCUUGGACACGUGGUCCCUUGUGCUGGAGAAGUUCCAGUCUUUAGUACUGCCCUGUUUGCAGAGUGAUGCUGACAUGGCCCUGAAGUCCCUGUCCCUGAGCUCGCUCCUGCACUGUAUCAUGUUCAGCAUGAGGAGCCUGGACAGCAGCACGCCCCUGCCUGUCAUCAGACGCAUGGAGUGCACCAUGGAGAGGAUGCUGGGAGAGCUCUUGCGGCCCCUGCUGGCCCUUCUCCUGGAUACCCUGGGCCCAGAUCCUGAGCUGUGGCUGCAGAAGGUUGGUGAUGCUGCACUACUACUCUCUUACACCUGGGCCCAGGUGGACACCAUGUUCAGUUUGAACUGCAGCCGGUAUCACUCUGUGUCUGGGGCCCUGACUGGGGUUGCCCUGGGGACCUCUAACCUACCUCCACUGCUCCCAGGAGUAGAAGCACAGCAGUGGAAGAAGAUAGAGAAGUUGACAGCUCAGUUUAACUCUCUGGGGAAGUAUUGCUUAGAACAGCUGUACCUGCAGAAAAUGAAAAGGACUGUAAUGCAACCUGGUUUCCAGUCUGAAGAAGCCCUCCAAAGUUUGAGAUGUGAUGCUGCCUUUAUUAUUGGUUCUGGCAGAGAAAGUUUGACUCAAAGAACGAUGGCAGGCUGGGAUGGCCAGGUGGGGACAGUAAGCACACUCACAUACCCAGUUGCACACUGGCACUUAGUUGUGUCGAAUUUCACCAUUUUAAUGUCCUACCUUUGUCCAGAUGAUGUGAGGCACCUGGCCAGUGUCCUGCUGCGAACUUUACCAAUGAGCAAAGCCCAGGAAGGCUCAGUGGAUGAAGAGCCAUAUAUCACACUUGAAAAAAUAUCCAGGGCCAUCCUUGACAGCCCUCUCUUUCCAGAGAUGCAGUCACUUCAUUCUGCUUUCUUAAUGUGCAUGACUGGGAGGUGUUCCAGCAUUCUGUGUUCUGGUGCCCAGAGUGACCCAACUCUUCUAAGUCAGCAGCUACCCUGGCUUUUUGAAAAGGACCACAUGGCUGUGGCUUAUUGGGAAAACAGAUUUGCAAAAGUUGGACCUGAGGGUACAGAACCCAGAGGAGAAGUCUCCCAGAACUUACUAUCCCUGGUCAAGAGUGACUUCCCCAUCCAGCUGGAGGGAGAACAAUUAGAAAGCAUUCUGGGGCUCUUGGAAGUUUUUUCGACUCUAGAGCUGGACAGCCUUUUGCCGCCCUGUCAUGUGCAUUGUUUUCUCCUGUUACUGUCCAUGGCUGUCUCCAAACUGGGACACUCUUGUUCUUCCUCACUGGCCCUUAAGUUCUUGAUGACUUGCUACCGGCUUCUUGGUUACCUGCAAAGGGGAAAAAGUGCCCGCUCAGUGUUCAAGAUAAUGUAUGUUAGUGAUAUUUUUGAGCUUGUACUGACUUCCUUGUUCAAAGCGAGUGCUAGAUUCCUCCUUGAGACGGAUGCUCCCUCUUGGCUGGAAUUCCUCCAGGUGGUAGGAACGUUUGUAGAGGAGCUCAUGCAGAUGCUUGUCCAAAUCAAACUGAGCUUGGUGCUCAAUUUUCAAAAAAUCACCGCAUUCCUCUCUAGUUGCAAACAGUACACAGAAGCAGCUUCCGGCAGACAGUUAGAAACCCACAAUGCUUUGGGCAGGCAACUUCUUCUGGUGUCUUUAACCAAGCUGUGCCAAGUCCUGGGGCCUUUCCUCAAGGAGCGGAAGCUGGGGCAGGAGGCCCCCACGGCACUGCCCGGGCUGCUGCAGCAGGCUGUGCAGCAGAUGGGUGCUGUGUUACAGCUCUGUUCCUCACUCGGGGUCCAGGCCCACUGCCUUCCCUCAGCCCUUAUCCCGGCCGUCUGUGCACUCUUGGAGGCUGAUCUGAGCCAGUGCUGCCGGGACGGAGGGCCCAAGAGCUCCCAAGUGACAGCGGACACGUUGAUCUCCCACGCGGCCCUCUACCAGGACGCCUACUCGAAGAUACUUUCGGAACUGCCGGCCCUGGCAAGACGGCAACAGUCUUUUCAGGCAGCCUUGCGAUUUUUGACUCUGUUCUUUUCGGCCCCAGAACUCCAUCCCGAGACGGACUCUGUGUUUACUUCCAUGUUUCAUUCUGUGAGAGAAGUCCUUGCAGAUCCUGAAAUUCCUGUUCAGGCAGCAGAGGACAUUGAGCGUGAUUUGGGAGCCUUGUUCACCCAGAUGCUAGAGGCUGGGUCCACAGAGAACUUCAGAGUGGUAAUGCAGUGUAUUCUGCAAGGAUUAGACGUCAGUAACAUGUGGAAAGCAGAUCUGCAGGCUGUUUUGUCAGCUGUUACUUUGCUCAAGCUGCUUCUGAACUGCCCCAUCAGUGCAGAGAAAGCAAGUCUGCUGUGGUGUGCGUGUCCCCAGAUUGUCACAGCUCUAAUGCUGCUAAGCCGAGAGGCUUGUCAGGAGCAGCCUGUGCCCCUCCCAGUGGUCGGGCCCAUCUUAGACGUCCUGGCUGCGGUGCUACGGCAGGGGGAGGAGACCAUCAGCAACCCCCAUCACGUCAGCCUGGCCUUCGGCAUCCUGCUCACAGUCCCCUUGGAGCACCUGAAGCCGCCGGAGUAUGGCAGCCUUUUCCUGAGGAUGCACAGCGUUCUUUUCACAAUCCUGCAGUGUCACCCCAAGGUAAUGCUGAAAGCCAUCUCGUCUUUCCUGAACUCUUUUAACAGACUGGUGUUUUCAGUUGUGCGUGAAGGGCGACAGAAGGACAAAGGAAGCCCAGACGACCUGCCUGUGGUGCUGGACUGUGCUCGUCUGGUCGAGAGGAUGUACAGCCACAUCGCCGCACGGGCCGAGGACUUCACUGUGUUUUCCCCGUUCAUGGUGGCCCAGUAUGUGUCGGAGGUGCAGAAGGUGACCUUGUACCCGGCCGUGAAAAGCAUGCUGCAGGAGGGCAUCUACCUGGUCCUGGACCUCUGCAUCGAGCCUGACAUCCAGUUCCUGCGGGCCUCGCUGCAACCAGGGGCCAGGGAUGUCUUUAAAGAACUGUACAAUGACUAUCUCAAGUACCACAAAGCUAAACAUGAAGGAGAGAAAAGAUAUACCGUCUGAGGCUCUUAAAGAAGUGCCAUCCGUGACAUUUUACUGAGACUGGCCUUGUGAUUUGGAGAGUUGAAGAAUGAACGACUUCAGAUAUUCUAGUUUGCAGUGUUGAAUACCUGGAAAAUCCUUCGGGGUUUAGGAAACACAUUUUGAUGUAUUUUACAUCAUGUUCUUACUGAGUUGUUUUUUUGUUUGUUUGUUU